AUGAGGAAAGAACCUCCACGAGGAGAAGAGGUGGCCGUUGCUACACCUGAUUGCUAUUGUGGGAGGCUUGCUCAGUUGCAGACUUCUUGGAUAGAGUCCAACCCACUUCAGAGGUUCUUUGUGUGUCCAAAGUCAGAGAGGGGGAAAAAAAGUUGUGGGUUUUUUGUAUGGGUUGAUAUUGAAAUGCCUCCCCGUGAGAGAGUCUUGAUGGCUAAGCUACUGAGGACAAAGAGAGAAGUUGAAGAUUAG